AUGACUGCAAAAAGAUCGUCUCCAAUUUCAUUCAAUGAUUUAGAAUCAAAAUUACUGAAUAUUAAAAAAUUGUCUACUGAAUUACAAUCAAUUGCGACAUCUUUUGAACUUUCUUUACAGAAUUCAAUUCCCAUUGAUAAUGAUUUUGAUUAUUUAACUAAUAAUCAACACAAUCAAUAUGGCCACCACCUUAAUAAAUAUAACAAUGACACCAAUAGAAAAUUAGAAUAUCAAUUUGACGGUUUAAAUGAUUCCAUUUAUUGGGAUAACUACUCUGAUUUUUAUACGAAAUUAAAUUUAGCAAAAGACGAUAUUACUCUCUUAAAAAAUUUAAUUCCACAAUUUAUAAACUCAAAUAACAACAUUAAUGAUAACGAUGAUAUCAUUGAUUUAAAUGAUAAUUUAUUGAAUAAUAUCAAUCAAAUCAACAACGCUUAUAAACUAUAUUCUUCGCUCUCUUGUGAUUACAUAAUUUGA